UCUUUUUCUUUUCUGUUUUAGAGCAAUUUUUCAAUGGGACGACUUCCAUACAACUGCCGUCGAGUUUUCAUGUUAGACUUCGGCUUAGCUCGCCAAUACACCACCGGAACCGGCGAAGUUAGAGCCCCAAGAGCAGCAGCCGGUUUCCGCGGCACCGUCAGAUACGCCAGCAUCAACGCCCACCGAAACAAAGAGAUGGGCCGCCACGACGACCUCUGGAGCCUCUUCUACAUGCUCGUCGAAUUCGUAAACGGCCAACUCCCGUGGCGCAAAGUCAAAGAUAAAGAACAAGUCGGUUUGAUGAAAGAAAAAUACGACCACCGAUUACUUUUAAAGCAUCUACCGUCCGAUUUAAAACAGUUUUUGGAUCAUAUUCAAAGUUUGGAGUAUGCUGAUAAACCGGAUUAUCAAAUGUUAAUUUCGUUAUUUGAACGAUGUAUGAAACGUCGGGGAGUGAAAGAAUCCGACCCUUACGAUUGGGAGAAGGCGCCAGCUGGUGAUAAUGUCACUACAAUUACUUCACAAACGACUCAACCUCAAUUAGCGAUCGUUCAAAACGCUCUACCAAGACAUACCAAGCAAACACCCACAGAUAAUAAUCAAGAAAAUAUUGAACCAAUGGAUAAUAAAGAGGCUCAGUUAGAAGCGAGAAGGAAACGAUUAGAAAUGGAAAUAACCGCUCCAUUAGCUACAGAAACACAAACGAAUGGUCCAAGAGCUACUGUUGAUAAGAAUUGUAAUGCAACUCAAGGAGAACAAACCCAAACGACAACACAACGUAGAAGAGCCACAUCGCAUUUAGAACAAGCCCCCGAGCGAUUAGAUAAUGAGACUGCUGCGUCUGCUCGUUCCACUUCGGACGCGAAUCAAAAGCCGGUGCCGUUGAGGAAAAGCCAAUCAGGUGUGGCAACUGUUGGGCGAUUACGGGUGGCUCCUUCCGCGCAUCCGCCGAGUGGGGGCGGUGGAGGAAGCGUGGUGGAGUCCCCCGCGACUCCCGAACAAGAGAGACCGAGAAGGAGGCAACCCUCAGCUGCAAGAAGUUCGAGAUCGGGAGUUCGAGAUCAAAGUUUGACUCAAUUUGCGGUUAUCGACGAUGAGAACGUUAGCCAACAGGUAACGAGGGGGGGAGCUUUAACUUUAGCGAGUCAAUGGAAAAGUCAAUUCGACGACAGCGAAGAAACGACGGACAACGAAUGGAAACCGGAAAGUCCCGAGCACAGGGCUGCAGUGGCCGCAACCACCGCAACAAAUGAUCCGAACGCCGCCCUUCCGGUUCUAAGCAAAAUAAGCGAAGAUUCGCGCCCGAGUCAUCGUAAAUACAUCAAUAUAGCCGGUAUUGAGGAUUACCCAGACUUGAUUGGUAGCCUCCCAAAGUCGUGGUCGACGCCGGCUUUGGGCCCGGCCCUCAGGGCAGGCCUGAAGCCGCCCUUAUUACAACAGGCCGCGUUCGACGACCUUGUUUUUAAAGUGGACGUGAUGAGGAACGUGGCGGCGCGCCGAGACAUCCCCCCCAACGGCGUCGAACGCGACAACGAUGAUAAAAACGACCGGAAACAAGAUCAAAACGAUUACGACGAUGAUAAAACGCAACAUCCCCUCACAAAGUGGAAUAGCCUUCCAGAAUUAAACAUAACCUGUAAAGACACCACCCCUAAACCCGAAUCGAUUGAAAACAACGAAAAAAUCACAAACUUAAUCAAACCGGAAGACGACGACGAAGAAGAAGAAGGAUUACAAGAAGUAGCCGGAAAAUUAGAAAUCCGAGUCGUUUCAAAAGAAACAAAACAAAGACCACAAACUUUAACACCGGAAAAACCUCCAAUUUGCGGCCCGGUAAUUCCCCCAAAACUCGAACGCACCCGAAGCAUCCUAAAACAAGCGAGCAAAGAGAGCCACGAGGUGCCUCAAUCCCCCAAACGCGAAAAUAUAUGUUUCGCGCCCGAACCCGAACUCGUAAAACACUUAGAUAGUUACAAUAAAGAUUACGAAGAAUCCAGCAAUAAAAAUGAACCUCAAAAGAUUAACUCGAAUAACGGAGGCAAUAAUAAUAAGAAUGAAUCGGAAAGUUCCGGAACGGAAACGAACGAAAAAAAGAAGCAAUUAGAACGGAGGAAAAGUCAAGAUUCGCCGAGGCGCUUAUCGAUCGUUAAAAGCGAUUCGAAUUCGCAUUUAGAUUUUGAGCCGGUCGAAGCGUUGAGGAGGAGUAGUAGUGCUAAAUUGAUUCCGAAAUCGAUCGAGCGGGUUAAAAUUAACGCUUCGGAUAAUAGCAGUUCGACGAGUCAAGAGAAGGAGGUGACGACGACCACCUCGAAGAAAAUCGAGAGGAGGUGCGUUGUUAAUCCGCCUAUUAAGGCGCUAAUCGGGGAGGAGAUGCGAAAAGUGACUUGUUCGCCUGGGAUCGAUUUGAGUAGGAAUCCUCAGGUUACGUUUGUUCAACAUCAUCCAUCAUCGGGUGGUGAUCAAAAAAGAUCCGUCGCAAAUGGUCUUAGUCCGGGCGUUGAAGAACAAUCGGAAUAUUUCGAUGCGACCGAAAAUCCACUUAUUAAAGAUAAAAAACCGGAAGUUGAUGAUGAAGAUAGUGGUGUAGAUAACGCGAGUCAAAUUUUACGAGAAACUUCAGUCUCACCAGGAUUAGAUGGUAAUAGAGGCGUUUCAAGGAUUCCAGUGGCGGUUUCUGGAGGGGGUCAACGACUCGCAAAAUGUAUGUCGUGGUCGGGUGAUCUGACGCCGGGGCUGCGCAGGCGCCGGCUUUAUGAGAAAUACGUAACUGACCUUAAGGAGCUCAAUCUAAGGUUCAAAAGACACUCCACAACCGGUUCAGGAGGUACAAUUUUAUUCCAAACAAAAAUUCAAACAAAUUACUUCCCCCAAAAGGGAAGAUUUGUGUUGUGUGUGUUUUUAAAAAAAUCUUAACCGAAAUGGUUGUGUUAGAAAUUUGAUAUUAACUAUGAAUAACUCGAGUAUGAUAAAAAGAAAUGCGUACAAAGAAAGUCUUUUAGGUAAAGGACGGAAAAAGACUUAGGUUUGGGUGUAAAUUUUUAAACCGUUUUUGAUCAAGUUGAUGUUAGAUUGAGUCUUUUUAACAAAUCCAUCCAUUAACCA